AUGAAAGCCUAUUUACAUUCAGUGAUGGGUACAUUAAAACAACCUGAAUCUCAUCUCAUUGAAGUUGACCGGCGUGUAUGGCCUAUCCAUGUUCAAUCACUUAUGUUAACACAACAUAAAGCAGCAACAACUACGGCUUGUGCUAGCAUUACAGAAGAUCAACAAGCUGAUUGCGAAAAACAUCUACAUCAACGUUUAAUAGAAAUGAAUGAAAAAAUUCAAUAUCAUCAAAAUCAAUUUAACGAAAAGAAAAAUAAUUUAAUCGGCUUUACAUCGAACAUCGAAGAAAGUAUUCAAAGUUUUGUUCAAAAGCAUGGCGUGAAACCAUUUGAAAUGAAACGAAAUUUAAAAAUAGCAAUGAUCAACCACGACUAUGAUUCAGAAAUUUUAAGACGUCAAUAUCUACAAGAAAAACCAAAUGAAUAUCAAAUUCAAGUCAUGAAACGUCUUUCUGAAAAAAAGCGUGAACUAGAAAAGUCGAAACGAGAACUAUUAGAAUUGAAAUAUCGAGUCUUCUAUAAUAGACCACAUUCUUCACUAGAUGCAAUUGAAACAACUAUGCCAAUAUUGAAUGAUGAUGAUAGAAAACUAAAAUUGUUGAAUAAACAUGAAAAAUUAAUUCAACGAAAGAAACUUGACUUUGUGGCUAUUAAAAUAAUAGCAGCCGAAAUGAAAUUCUAUCAAUGUCUUCGAGAGUUCGAUCACGAACUAGCUGCUAUUUGGAAAACCCAUCGUGAGCUUGUAAAAAACAAAGGAAUGUCUACAACAUUAACGAAUCUUAUUGAAAAGCGUUUGACCGGUAUUACUGAUCGAUGGAGGGAUGUCUACAAUUACAGACUGAAUUUUUAUUUCCGAAACUUCCAUGGUGAUUUCGAACGCACCAAUACGAAUGCAGAUGGGGACAAGAUGAAACGUAUUGGGUUUUCAUUAUCUUUAAUGAUUGAUGCUAUACAUCGAUUUUCUGAUAAGGAAUUACAAUUGCUGAAUCGGGGACCCACUUAUGUUCCAACUGGUCAAAUAUCAAUAUCAUCUUCGGGUCAAUCUAACGAUGAUAUUAUUAAAAAGAAAUAUGCACCAUUAAAGCAUCAACUAAGUUAUUUAUUUUCAAAAUAUCAUAUUAAUAUUGCAUUAUCAAUGGAAAUUCAACUGAAGAUAAGUGAUCAAUUUACAGAGCUUUUUUCUGUACCAAUACCUUCGAAUCUUCAGCAGCGUGCUCUCUAUGAAAAACAUCUUCUUCAAUCGAUUCGGUAUUCUUUAAACGAGAACAAUCUCAUCCUACGACGAACUGCUGAUAAUAUGAAUACGUUCUAUUUGGGAAAUCUGCAUGAGUUUGAAACAAAAGCGUAUGAUUAUUUAUCAAAAUCGGAUGCUUAUAAGGUGCUAUUGAAUAAAGAUACAGACAAUGGCGGUCAACAAUGGCAAAUUGAAUUGAAACAAAUGGUCGAAUCAAUGAAUCUAUUAUUGGAAUCAUUGAAAAACCAUAAAGCAGUAAAUAUCGAUCUGUUUAAUCGUUUAUUAGUUGAUGCAAGUAAAGUGAAACUACCAUAUUUGUAUUUCUUACCGGAUGUUUCUAAAGAAAAUGAAAUUUCAUUAGUACCCUACAUUACAUCACAACAUAGUGCCACAUGGAGAAUUGGUAAAUAUCUAAAUGAAUUACUACGGCCAUUUGUCGAUAAGAACCUAUCAACAACAACAUUUCGUGAUGAACCUGAUUUCAUGCGAAAAUUAAACGAUUAUGUGUAUGUAGAACGUCAUCUUCGAGCAACUACUUUAUUUUGUAGCAUCAAAAUUAUUAAUUAUUAUACAUUAGAUAUACAUAAAAAUAUGGUUGAUACAGUUGGUUACUUCUUGAAAGAUAAUUUAGUUACCAAUAAACUUGAACAAGUUACAAUUCAGACUAUUAAAAAUUUGCUACAUAUAUUUCUCUAUAAUAAUGUGUUCUAUUAUAAAGAUAAAAUAUAUACAUUAAUGAAAGAUAUAAAGAUCAAAUAUUCUUCACGUGGAAUAAUGGGAAUGAAGAAGAACUUGACAGUUUUUUUACAAACUAUAAGAGAUAAAAAUCAUAAUGUGCAAUUCCAGAAAUUAAUUGGAACAAAUGUACCAUUCUUGAAUGCAUUUGUUGAAAAUCAAAAUGGUGAAUUAUUCACUCGAGUGUAUCAUCAUCCCAUUCUGUCUAGAUAUACAUUACCGUAUGUAGUGGGUCAUUCGAAAUUAGCUCAUGGUGAUUGGUUUCGAUCAGCGUUAAUUCGAGCUGUUUGUUAUUGUUCAUCGAUUGAAAAUUUUAAUCUUGAACGUAUUUAUCUCGAAUUGACUUGUCUGGCCAAUGGCUAUUCAAUAUUUUUUGUUGAAAAUAAUGUUCAGCAUUUCUUCGGCUAUUUUCAUGCUGAUACUAUGCGCUAUUUAAAAGAUCAAACCAUGUAUGAUAAAUUUCGUCAUGAUUGGUUUGGAUAUAUGACAAUGCAAUAUGAGUUGUCUGAUAAACUUCAAACAUUCAAUGAUAAUGAUUGUUUAAUUCAUCUCAAUUAUCUGUACGAAUUCGGUCCUAAAUGUCAAUUCAAUCAACAAUUUCAUUGUCUUUGGUUAGAAUCUUUCAAUCAACAUGCAAAUCUAUCAAAAGAUAAAGUCAAAGUUCAACUUACGACUAAACAUCAGCAUUCGCUAAACUCUCUAUUAGCUAGAGAAAAGUCAACAUGUUCAAUUCAAUAA